AUGUUAAGUUUGGCACGCGCCACGCCUACAAUAAACCGCAAAAGUCAAGAGGGGGAUGGGGAUGGGGCUAUAAAGAUGGAGAGAGAUAGAGUGUCCACAAAAGUAUGCAACAUAUUUCACAGUUCGAGGCAGAUGGCAAUGGAAAAGGACAAAACAGACCCCAGGGAAGGCGCCAAUGUCGCAUCGCCACACGCCCACACUCAAAAGCGUGACUGUUACUUGCAGAAUCCCAGAGCACCCCCAACGCCCCACGCCUCCUUAACCCCUCUAUCCCCGCCCCUGAAUCACCCCUUCCAUUCGAGGCAGAAUUUUUGA